UUUUCUAUUUGGGCAAAAUUUCACAAAGCACAAGAAAAUCCUCACCACUUCAACUGAAAGGAAACCCUCACCGCCGGCGCAACCAUCUGAAACCGGCGUUUGCAACUGGAAGCACCGGUGCUGUUAAUUUUUAGGUUCAGCUCAUCACUAGCAUAAUUUGUGAAUUAUAAGGUUUAGAAUUGUGGCAUCAUGGGAAGCGAGGAUGCGAAAGAUCCGUUCAAAGGGGUGGAUUGGAAGGCCGUUGGUGGCGAGAUGCAGCAAAAUCCGAGUGCUAAACCAGCAUUGAAGAAACGAUUACCAAAGAAAGUUAGGGAAAUUCCUGAAUUCUAUUUCCUUCCACGAUGGCCGCUACCCAAAGCCAUUUUAUUCUGCAGCGCAUGCAUUGGUGGUGGUGUAGCUGCUGGAAUGCUUUUAGAGACCUGGAUUGAAAAGAAAGUUAAAGAAGAUGGAGGGGUUAUAUGGGAAUUUGACAAAUAAACUCUUGGUGUUGGAAAACUAAUGUCUCAUACAUUGCUGCCUCUGUCUUUCCCCCUUCCUACAAAUUGGUCUCUUGGGCAACCCUCACUUCUCCAGAAUUAUUAGUUUCAGGGAUUAGGGUGAUUUAUAAGUUUCUUGUUCUUGGUUAGACUCUUGAUUGAGUAGUAAUCGAGUUGAAAAGGAGAUAACUUGUUUAAAUUUUGGAAAUAAUUCUUUUGUACUUGAAACAUAAAAAGGUGACUAGAGAUGGCCACAGUUUUUCAGUUUAUGCUUGUUCACUUAUACUAUGAUCCUAAUUCUCUUUUUGGAUUAUGAUAAUUAAGAGCAGUACUUCAUUUCCACA